AUGACGACUGCAAGCUUCGACCGCGGCACCACCACUGAAUACGACCGGUGCCGCCACUAUUACAAGAGGAUAGACAACAUGCUUUGGCUAAGGGGAGACAUGGAUCUAGUCGCGCCCCCUCUGCAAAGAUGGGAUGACACUUCCCGCAACACCACCGUUCUACGCAAAACUCCAACUAAUGCAACACGAAGGACAGUGCUGAGGGAGCAGAACCAGAACACCUUGAAAAAUACAACUGUACAGAAAUUUGCAAAGAAGGAUGGCACAUUAUCAUCCAAUGAUAUUUCAACAUACUCCCACUUUUCUGACGGAAUUCAGCGCCGCAGUGAACGUGAAAAUAUACGAAGCUCUACUGUCCAUGGGGCUAACAAGACUCCACUCUUGGUGUGUCGUCCUUCGCCACGCCGACCCCCUCCAGGCUUGCCAAAAACUCCUAAGACUCUGCCACGUGUAGCAACCCGUCGAUCUCCUCGCUUUAGUGCACCCCGCACUAGCCGGCACUCACCCAGAAGUACAACCGUGUCAAGGAUGGUGUCUCCAGCCUCCUCCUCCACUUUCAAAUCUCCAAGAGCUGGCACUCCAAGAGCUACAACACCUAAUCGUUGGAGCAAACUCAGCUUUUUAAUCUGAGCAUUUUGUUUUGUUUUACCAUUUCUCAUAUUUACUGUCAUUAUUUUUUCUUUCUUUCUUUUGCUUUCCUUUCUUUUUUUUUAAGAGGUCCAAGGUUAUUUCAAGUGGGGUAUUGACACUGAACUUUUCUGUCCAUAUUUUUCAUUUUUGUAAUAGUGUAUAUAAGAAACUGUAUGGAUGUAUAAUUGAUACAUCUUAUAAUAUAACUCAUAUUAUCUUUCUUAAUUGUGAUUCAUUCUAUUACUGCUUUCUAAAACAUGACUUCAAACUGACUAUCAGCAAGCAGUACUCAGUCGCUGUAUUAUCAUCUAUUAUGUAUUGUUUCUUUUAACAGAAGGAAAAGGCGGUGUGCAUAUAUGUAUGUAUAUAUGAUUACAAUCAGAGUAAGAAAUCUGUGUAAAUAUAUGGAAAGAGUCUUAGGACUGGGACACUGCUAUGCCAACAUUACCGAAUCCAUAUGGAAAGAGCAUUUUACAAGUGCUUAUUUCAAAAUUAUUUGUUUAAUGUUUUCACAGCCAUUUAUUUGCUCUGUGUAGGAUGGUAUGGAUAAAAGCUGUAUUAAAAAAUAUAAAGUAGUUUUUACCUGACAAGUGUCUUUCUUUUCUUUUUUUGUGUUAAUCUUUUAUUUAUCAAAGAUCAUAUAAUUUAGUAUAAGUACAUGUAAAAGUCAUCUGAUAAAACUGUUUGAGCAGUAUUGGGGAAGAACACGAGCAUAAUGGUGUAUAGUACGUUUCAUCGUUAAAGAUAUUAUUGUGCAUAAUACUAGUACUUAAGUAUAGGUAUAUGAGAGCUAGAAGUUAGUGUUGGGCAAAGCUGAGUGAGGAUUGGAAUUCUCAUUGGAGUUCAUUUUGAAAAUAGUUGAUUCAUGGGCAAGUGAGUUCUGUAUGUUUCAUGUUAAUUGUGGCAGCUACUUGUGCCACAAGCAUGUUCUUUACAUGUUAUAAUAGCUUUAACACAUUAUUUUUGUAUAUAGUUUUACAUCUUUUCAUAUUGCAUUUCCUUUAUCAGUACAUUUUCUUUUCAAUGCUAUCCAUGUUCUGAGUGCUAACAAAUUAUUGCUGCAGUUUAAAGCCUUUAUUAAUGGAAUCCAUUACAUGGUCUUAUUGCUCCAGUGCAUAUUAUUUUUAUAUUAUACAGAAAAUGAAAAUUGUGUAUUAAAAAGAAUCAUUUACUUUAAUCCAGAAAAUGUAAUGACAUGUGAACCCUUUUAGUGUAUUCCAGAAUGUGAUUAACAAGUCUGACCUGUAAAUGUUAUAGCCUAGUAGCUUUAAUAUAUAUUUUGUACAUAGCAUUGAAUCCUUUCCAAAUGCAUAUUUUGUAUUUCUUGUGAUGCACAUUCUUAUAAUAUUUGUAUGUUUCCCAUAGCUGAACCAUACUACAAAACUGACAGCAAUGGAAUUCACUUUAUUCCUUAUGAGUGGUAAUUGUAGCUUCACUACAUCUUUUUAUUUUAUUGAAGGCUUAUUUUAUGGAGAAAAAAAUGCUUGUUACAUUAACCAUAUUUUGUAAAAGUCUUUUUAGUAUGAACAAUUUUACUGUAUGUUUGAAAAAUAUACUAUAUGAUAUGAAUUUA